GUCUGUUCAUGAUGACAAAAAAUGUUUAUUUGCUCUGUCAUGGCAUGGCUGCUGUGAUCUUAAUCCAGCAUAUUCUAGAGAAGUUCCCUUCAUGUUCAUCUUUUGGUUUGUACCUGAAGUCUAAGAUGAGAGGCAAUUUUGGUAUCAAGUGGUCUCGUUCUUUACUUUGGUGAUAUGCUGGCGCAUACUCUUUCAAAGAUGGAGUUUUCUUCAUCAUCAGAAGCAUUCAUUCACACACCUGGAACUCGAAGUGAGAUAGCCACAGUUAUUCAGGGGAUUUUACUUGGACUUUUUCUACUGCCCUUGCUGUACAAAAGUUCUCUUCAAGUUUGGAUUUACUGCCGAACACUAGGGAAGCAAAGAACGCAUAAAGUUCAUAAAUGGACAGAAAAAAGAAUAGGUUCUCUUGUAUUUUAUGUCUCAUUGUUGGUGGUAUUGCUGCUCUUAGUGCCAUCAUGGACACGCCUUGUUCAAGGUCUCGAAGUGCAUCCAUUUGUUUGGAUUGUUAACUAUAUGCUCACCAAUUCACGUGAACGGCUUGCUUUAUGUGCAUACUGGAUAUGUGUGAUAUGUGUAUCCAUUCGAAGAUUCUACAGUAUAUCAAAGCAAAGCAAAACAGAGAGGAUUCUGUUGCGCAAGUACUAUCAUCUUGUUGCUGUCCUGAUUUUCUCUCCUGCCGUUAUAUUUCAGCCUGCUUUCUUGGACUUGGCAUUUGGUGCAGCAUUUGCCGUUUUCUUAAUUUUGGAGAUGAUUCGUGUUUGGGAAGUAUAUCCUCUUGGGCAUACCGUACAUCAGUUCAUGAACGCCUUCACUGAUCAUCGUGAUUCUGAGAUUCUUAUCGUUAGUCAUUUCUCGCUCUUACUAGGCUGUGCACUUCCUAAAUGGAUGUCCUCUGGAUUCAAUGACCGACCACUUGCCCCUUUCGCUGGUAUUCUCAGCUUGGGGAUAGGUGAUACCAUGGCAUCAAUGAUAGGGUACAAGUACGGUGUCCUGAGAUGGAGUAAGACAGGAAAGAAAACAAUUGAAGGCACGGCGGCUGGCAUAACUUCUGUACUAGCAGCUUGCUCAAUCCUGGUGUCACUCUUAGCUUCAAGCGGAUACAUUCUUUCACAGCACUGGUUGUCUCUUUCGGUUGCUGUGACGUUGAGCUUAUUACUGGAAGCAUACACGGCACAGCUGGACAACGCUUUCAUACCCCUUGUAUUCUAUAGCCUUCUAUGUUUAUAAAAAAGAGAGUAAACAUGUUGUACAUCAAGCAGAGAGUAAACAUGUUGUACAUCAAGCUGACCUUUUGAGGCCCUCUUUCUGACUACCACUAAUAUAUAGUAUAGUCCAACAGUCCAACAAGGCAUAGCUAUAGUUAUUAUUUGGUCUCUUUGAUCCAAGCAGAGAGUUUAGGUUUAGCAAUAAGAAUAUGAGAAUUAGUGGAAGUUUUUCAGCAGAGGACAUUUUUCGGUAUAGUUGGCUGUAAGCUCGGUCUAAGUUGUAGUUGUAACAGCUUGUUUCAAAUUGGUCCCACUCCAUCGAACCUUUUGUACACACUUCUCUUCAAAAUGUCUACAAAUUUAUUUCAGCUUUA